AAACCAACAACUGACAACGCAUCGAUUGCAUUCGAGGCGGCCGUCGAGGAGAGACCCAAAAUUCGAUUGACCAUUCCGCGUGAGCGUCUCCUCGCCGUCAGCAAGUUGGCCACCAGCCAUUCUCUCACCUCGUCGUCAAGCGGAUGCGAUGGCGACGGCGACGGUGACGGCGAGGGCGCCAUCUCGCCGUUGCUGCCCCCUUCGCCGGCACACGCCACUUCGCCGACUCGCUUGCCCAAGCUGGUCGUCUUGACGACUGCCGGUGGACAAGUGAAGCGCAGUCUCGAGACGACGUCGACUCGACUGGGCGCUGUCUCUGCGUCGACGCGAGAAGAGCAAAGCGUGUGCGACGCGACGCGACAGCAUCGCUCCACCAAACGACGUCACCAUCGCAAGUCGCGACGAGGCGAGGCCGGCGUGAAGAAGAAGCGGUCUCGCGUCGAGGCAGCCGGUGCCGGUGCCGGUGCCGGUGCCGGUGCCGAUGUCGAGACUGGCCCAUCUCUUGUCCGUCUCGAGCUGCACCAGCCUGUGUCGGGUUGUGCCUCCGGACCGGGAUCGGCAGUCAAAUCGCGAUCGCGAUCCCGAUCCCGAUCCCGCUCGCGAUCCCGAUCUGGAUGUGGAUCGCGAUCGCGAUCGCAUUCUGCCUCUGGCUACCCGGUCGGACUGAGCUUGGCGCUGGGCUCGCUGGCGUCGUCGGCGUCGGCGUCGGCGUCCUGCUCGACUGCGGCGUCGGGCGUCGUCACGCCGACGGAUCAGCCGCGUCUGGCGCCGCUGCGCAUCCAAUUGCCGAAGGGGGCUGGCGCGGUGCACCGGUCGGGCCGGGCCGAUCGCGCCAGCCGAGCCAAUCGGCUGCAUCGGGCCGGGCAGCGCGUCGACGCCAUCGGGCCGCUCGCCCUCCCCCUGCGUCUGCCCACGCAGCAGACCCAGCCGACGGGCCAGCGCCGCCUCGUCUUUCUGCCGGCGCCGGAUUCGCGCAAGCUGCGGCUGGUGCGCGACAUCUCCGUAACCGACGUCACCGUCGCCGGUCUCACCAUCACCAUCAAAGAGUGCUCGCGGCCCGACGACUUUUUCGGC